AUCCUCACGUCUGCGCGCUCAUCAACCCCAUGAAACCCCAGCGCAUAGACAAAACCCUUCUUCUGCAGGUCAACUCCCAGACCUUGUUGGACUCCGACGACCAGCUGUCACUCAUUGAACACCUCAACCUAAUCAACAACUCCAACUUCAACUACUACCUCAACCUCAUCAACGCCCUGAUGGUGGCAGAGAUUGGGUUGGUGCUUGUGUUGCAGCUUUUUGGCAUCGGCCCGUGGGUGUGUGCUGCAAUUGUAUUGUGUUUGGGAGUCAACUUCUAUAGGUUCAAUAUGAAGUGUGCGCCGAUCGUCAGCCAUAUGAACGUGGCGUUGGUGCUAGCAUGUGUGGUGGGACUGUGGUACAAUCAGUUGUUUGUGGUUCCGGUGAUCAAUUAUGCCAAUUAUUUCUACUUGUUCCACAGUUUCAACGGGAAUAUCGGCAGUAUUUUGAGUCUUUCUACACGCCAGUACAAGUAUAAGGAUGUGUGACUCUCACAAGACUCCUGGGACCACUGUUCCUGGAAAAGCACUACUUUUGAUGCAGGAGGAUUUAGAGCACUAUUUGAAUUGCCAAUGACUUCACACACCAUUGGAAAACUCCUUCACCUAUACACUACUUAAGACUAGACCCUUACACGACUCUACCGCUAAGUAAUUUAAAUGAAUAUUCUGCGAAACACCUGAAUUUCGCAAAAGACACAAUUUUCACAUUCACAGUAUUCACUUUCUGUACGCACCACGACACCAUACCCCUUCCCUAAUCAUAGGCCAGGGGUCGUGCACCACCAGAACAUUUACCUUUACAAAUCUCAGGUUCAUGCAUUCCCAAGCCAUGAAACGAAUACCUCACCCAAACAAACACCUGUCUUCUACACCUAACCGCAGUCGGUUGUCCAUGACAUCCUUCCCUUCUGACGGUAGCUGUCCCCAGCAAAAGUCAUGCCAUCCCCCUUCCCUAAUAAGGACAUUUUUAAACAACCUUACUGUAAGCGAGACCAAACACCUCCCGUAUAGGUAAUACAUAAAUGCCAACUCUCAGAUCGGGAACACACGACACACAGAAGCGCGCAGCUAUUGUUCAUACGGU